AGAAAAGAAUCACACAAAAGGAUAAUUAAAGGCAUUGAAAUCCUACAGGAGAAGGUUCAUACUGUCAACAGCGGGCAUUCAAUAUGCCCAAUUAAUGCGGUCAUUCCGGGAUCCCCCCCAAAAUUAACAAUAGAACGAACACCUGCACAGUUCAGUCGGUUUGUUUUGAUUCACUAAUUCCACGUGCGUAUGUGUGCUGCAUGCUGCACUUGCCGCAUUUGGCACGUGUUGAUGUAGCUAGACAGGCUGCACUUUCUGAAUUGAAGACGCGACGACACUCAACUGGUACAAUUUCAACUGGGCCGAUUGCAUGAAUACAUUUCAGCAAUUCAGUCAUUUUUUGGGACAAUAAUGCCUAUAAUAUCAAAUCAAAGGCCGGUGAUGGAGACCUGCAUACAGAGAGGUACCCGUGUCAUUCGAGGACCUGACUGGACCUACAGGGACCAAGAUGGCGGAAAGGGGCAUGCAGGAGCAGUCUCAAGUCUGCAAGCUGUCUGUCGACCCUACUUUGCCAAACAAACAGUGCUCGUCCAGUGGGACAAUGGAGAAAAGGGUCUCUACAGGACUGGCUACAAUCAGGCUUAUGAUAUCAGGAUCCUUGAAACUUCAAAUUCAGCUCGUCAUCUCAAAAUCUGGUGUGAUGCAUGCAAUCUGGAAGAGAUCAAGGGCAUAAGAUGGAGAUGCACUGAGUGCUACGCCUUUGACCUCUGUACGACCUGCUACAUGAAUGACGAACAUGAUCUGAGUCAUGUCUUCAUGAGAGUGAUGUCCUCACACAAAACAUCUAAGGGCAUCAAGAUGCUACCAAGAUCAUCAUCUCCUCAUAUUCCUCUUAGAGGAAGUUUUCCUGGAGCGAAGGUUGUCAGACAUCCCCACUGGUGCAUGAGAAAUAGAACAGACAAGCAACUUGGGAGAGUAGUCAAGACUGGACAGACACCAGAGCAAAACAUUGGAGUCCAAGCUGUGGUAGAUUUACUUUGUAGAUUUACUUCUUGUACAGAAAGGGUAGACUUCACUGAAAUCAUCUGUACAUUGCCAGGAUCUGGAGGUCAUGUGUAUGAUGGACACCUACCAAAUCUAGGAGAACUGGAGACAGUUGAUGAAGGAGACAAAGUAGUCGUAACUGCAACUCCGCCCGAAAUGAAAGAACUUCAUGAACGCAGAGGAUUGUGGGAUCCUGACAUGGUCAAAACAUGUGGCAGAAAAGGCUUUGUGAAUAAGAGAACGAACACUGGGGACUUCACUGUGACUUUCCAUGACAGCCAAGAAACCUUCACUAUGAAUUCUGCAGCUCUAAGAAAGCUUCAUCGUUUCUGUCUUGGUCAGCUUGUCCGCAUCAGUGAUGACAUCGAGAUGGUCAAGAGAUUACAGUUUGGACACGGAGGGUGGAAACCAACUAUGAAACAGGUAAUCGGGAAAGUUGGGAAGAUUGUUAAGAUCGAGGGAUCAGACAUUCACGUCAAAACUAAACACCAAACCUACGUCUUCAGCUCAGCAAACCUGGUUCCUGCAAGAAUCCCCUUUGAUCGGCCGAAAGUAAGAUCCAUGGCUGAGGAAUGUGAUAUGGCUCUCCAAUUGAGCAAACCUGCAUGGGAGAUUGAAAGGGCUGUAGCAUCCGGUGAUAUCCCUCUCGUUAAGCGUAUGUUAAAGAAACAUCCAGAAUUGGUGCAUCAUGAGCCCAGGCCGGGCAGAUCGCUUCUUACGCUAGCCAUCAAAAACGUGCCCAUGAUGAAGUUUCUGGUUGAGAAAGGGUGCUUCAUUGAGAGCUACGACGAGGAAGGCCGCACACCUCUCUUCCUUGCAAAUGAUGCCAACAGCUAUGAGGGUGUGCGGUUCCUCCUCGAGCAAGGGGCCGAUGUUCAUUCAGCGAACUUUGAAGGUCUGACCAGCUUUGUCGUCGCCUGUGACCAUGGGUCCUUUGAGUGUGCGCAUUACCUUCUUAUGCACGGAGCAGAUGUGAACAUCAGGUCGAACAAUGAUUUUCUACCGAUAAAUCGGGCCAUACUGAACGGAGGUAGGACCAUACUGGACCUCAUUCUGGCCCGAAAGGAAGUAGAUUUGAAGGCGGUGUCGACAUCAUUACACAUGUCUACAAUGCACUAUGCCGCCAACGGAGCCAACACAUAUGCCCUUACAAAGCUCAUGGAGAAAGCCCCUAGGUUGGUUGAAGCACAGACAUGCAAUGGAAAUACUCCCAUCUUCUGUGCCGGGUAUGCAAGCUCCCUGAAAGCAACUGAAGUACUCAUCAAAAAGGGCCACUGCAAUGUGAAUGCCCAGACAACCGGAGAUCGAACAAGUCCGCUUCAUCAUGCCUUAUACAAAGAGAACUUCCACUUGAUUGAAGUCUUGAUGAAGAAUGGUGCCAAUGCCAACAUCACCAUCCGUUCUGGGGACUCCUGUUUAAAGAUGGCCUUUGACGUUAUCGAUUCCAUCGAAAUUGACGAAAGAUGUAUCAAAGAGGAACCCUUUAUGUCAGAGAUGAAGAAGAAGUGGGGACAUGUUGGUAUCAAGACAAAUGGAGAUGCCCUUCUUGCCUAUCUUGUGUCUCAUGGUGGUGACCUGGAUGUGUACAACUGUGAUAAAAUCACGAUACGGAAGUCACUUCAACUGAAGGCCGAAGAUGACAUCUUGCGUUCUCUGGAUCACAUACAAUCUCUAACAAGGAAAGACAUCGCCAGACAGCAGAGCACAGCCAACUGCCCCCUGCGCAUUCUGACCAAGCACUGCCCAGGCACUGUUGCUGAGGCCGAGCAUGAGUUUUCUGACUUGAAGAAAUGUACAGCUACACCAGAGAUGAAGACACAAAGCGCAAGGAAAUCUUCAGAGAAGUCGUCAACAAGUUCUGCCAGACCAGUUGCAAAGACACAGAGUGCAAGAAUGUCUUCAGAGAAGUCAUCAACAAGCUCUCCUAGACCAGGAGCGAAGAGAAAAAGUGCAAGAAACUCCUCGGGGAAGUCGUCUACGAGUUCUGGAAGCCAGCAGAAAUCAGUGGGGAAAGAAACCACAAAUGCUUGUGAGAAAGGAGCAGGGGACAGCAGUGCACAAAAAUCCCAUAGUAAACCUUCAGACACAGAUGAGUGUAAUCGACUACAAGCUGAACUCCAGCACAAAGAUGACCAGCUGAAAGUGCUUCGGUUGAGGGUCAAGACACUGGAACACCUGGUCAAGAAGAAAAUCUCCUUCGCUUGUGGUCAUGAUGUCUUCCGAAGCAUUGCUGAGCUGAUCCCUGAAUGCCCAAAUUGCAGCGAGCCAAUAGCAUCGGUUGUUGAUGCCCAAUAACAGUCGCCAUCGUCUUUCCAGAACUCUUGCUUAGGUUGUAUAUGAAGAGUCCAGGAAUCCAAUAGCAUUGGUUGUAGAUGCCCGAUAACAGUUGCCAUCAUCUGCCCAGAACCCAUUGCUUAUUAGUUGUAUAUGAAGAGUGCAGGAAUCCAAUAGCAUCGGUUGUUGACGCCCGAUAAGAUUUGCCAUCAUCUGCCCAGAACCCAUUGCUUAGGUUGUAUAUGAAGAGUGCAGAAUCCAAUAGCAUUGGUUGUAGAUGCCCGAUAACAUUCGCCAUCAUCUGCCCAGAACCCAUUGCUUAUUAGUUGUAUAUGAAGAGUGCAGGAAUCCAAUAGCAUUGGUUGUUGACGCCCGAUAAGAUUUGCCAUCAUCUGCCCAGAACCCAUUGCUUAGGUUGUAUAUGAAGAGUCCAGGAAUCCAAUAGCAUAGGUUCUUGAUGCCCAAUAAGAUUCGCCAUCAUCUGCCCAGAACCCAUUGCUUAGGUCGUAUAUGAAGAGUGCAAGAAUCCAAUAGCAUUGGUUGUUGACGCCCGAUAAGAUUUGCCAUCAUCUGCCCAGAACCCAUUGCUUAGGUUGUAUAUGAAGAGUCCAGGAAUCCAAUAGCAUAGGUUCUUGAUGCCCAAUAAGAUUCGCCAUCAUCUGCCCAGAACCCAUUGCUUAGGUUGUAUAUGAAGAGUGCAGAAUCCAAUAGCAUCGGUUCUUGAUGCCCGACAAGAUUCGCCAUCAUCUGCCCAGAACCCAUUGCUUGAAUUGUAAAGAAGAGUCCAAGAUUCCAGUGUUAUCGGUUGUUGAUGCCCAAUAACAGUCACCAUCUUCUGCCCAGAAGCUAUUGCUUAGGUUGUAUAUGAAGUGUGCAGGAAUCCAAUAGCAUCGGUUGUUGAUGCCCAUUAACAGUCGCCAUCAUCUGCUCAGAACCCAUUACUUAGGUUGUAUAUGAAGUGUGCAAGAAUCCAAUAGCAUCGGUUGUUGACGCCCAAUAAGAUUCGCCAUCAUCUGCCCAGAAACCAUUGCUUGAAUUGUAAAGAAGAGUCCACAAUUCUUGCAGUUUGGUCAGUGGAUUGAGACAGAGUUGUGGAUAACUCUCCCAUUUGUGGUGUACAAAAAUAUCAUUCAUUUUUUUUGGCCUUCUCCCUUAGGGCAAUGAAUAUAUUAUGGAUAGCAUAUCAUUUUAGGUCCUCUAAAUAGAAACAAAACUUCUUGAGCCAUACAUUUUUAGUCAUUUUAUAUGCUAGAACAAAUGGGAAAGUUGUCCCCCACUACAUGACAGAGACGAUACUGACCCAGCCAAUUUGAAGAUCACAUACCUAUAGUGAGUACAGUUUUAAACAAUUCAAAGCUUUCUCAAUUAUGUCCGAUUCCUUCAAACUUUCAUCAGUCUACUUCUCUAAUUUUCUUGCUCUCGUCUAGAGUAGUUUGCUGUCAAGGUUGGAUUUCUCUUUAAUUGAAUAUACAUUUUUUCAAAGUAAUGGCAUGUGUCUGCAAAAUCAUUGUCUUGGACUUUCAUAUAUAUAAGUUCUGUUUUAUAUAGGCUAGUACUAAAAGUCAUGAGGUUCAUUGCCUUUGUCACCCCAAAGUGAAUGUGCUUGUCCCAGUAUAAGGAGUGUGAUCUGCAAAGUACAAUUUACCUCUUAUGUUAUGUUUCACUAAGGUUGCAUCUAAGAAUAGCAUACAUUCAUUUUAAAAAUGAUUAUGACUUGAGAAGAUUAAGAAGAAAACAAAUACAGUAUUAUUUAAUGCCAUUUCGAAAGCUGUAACAGCAAAAAUAUGUACCUUUUGUUGUUGAAUACAUUAUUACUUUAUGCAUUCUCCUAGGUGUUAAUGGAAACAUAUUUUAUGUGUAAAUGCAGUAUUUAUGAAAGUUGUUAUUAUUAUAUCUGAUGACAUUUAGCUUUCAUUUCAGCUUGGUUCAAAGACAGAAAGUCUUUGAGGAUUUCUUACCUUUUUA